UUCCAGUGGAGACCUCAUAUAAACAGUGGACUGACGUUUGACUUGAAAAGUUGGCUAUCCCUGUCUCCGGACGAAAGACCUGACGUCAUCAUUGCGGGAAUGGGCGUGUGGCGCAUGUAUGAGAGUAAUGCGUCAGUGGAAGGCGAAGAAUCCUACCGUGGAAAUCUAUCAGCUUUGGUGCCGUAUUUCAAAGAAUUAAAGAAACACAGUCAUGUAGUCUGGAUGCCUCAAGAUCCUGUUAACGAAAGGAUUUUGGAUGAAAAAAGACGCAUGUUGUCCAACAGGCUUGUUGAUAGAUACAACACGAUAGCACGAGAUGUCUUAGAAACAGAGAAGAUUCCAAUAUGGUGGUCAUCGUUCCUAACUGCUCGACAUUUCCGUUCGUUUUAUAGGGACUGUCUUCAUAUAUAUCCCAUCGUUGAUAAAUAUAAAAGUCAAAUACUGGUGAACUGGCUUUGCCAAAACCAGAGAAACGCAUCGCAUCAUAAAAAUUGUUGCGAGAUGUAAACUGUCUGAAUCAUUGUGGGCUGUCAGCUGUGUUACUAGUUACUCCUCUGAGUAGAUACAGGAUGCAAAU